AUGGAUCCACAAGAGAAGAAAAAAAAGCUUGACACAUCAGAAAUCGCAAGUCCCUCUCUCUCAAAGACUCCUUCUCUAUCAAAGAUUGAUGUGGGAGAAGCGAUGAAGAAGCAAAACGAUGUCGCUAUAUUCCUUGCCGAGAAAGUAAUCUCUGCCGUAGCCAAAAACUCUAAUUUCGUCUUCUCUCCUGCAUCAAUCAACGCCGUACUCACCAUGGUUGCUGCUAGCUGCGGUGAAGAACUGAGAUCCUUCAUCCUCUCCUUCCUUAGGUCUUCCUCAACGGAUGAACUUAACGCAGUUUUCCACGAAAUUGCUUCCGUUGUCCUCGCUGACGGAAGCAAACAAGGCGGCCCUAAGAUCGCUGCGGUUAAUGGAGUUUGGAUUGAUCAAUCUCUACCUGUUAGUCCUUUGUUGAAAGAUCUCUUUGAGAAUUUCUUCAAGGCUGAUUUCGCUCAAGUUGAUUUCCGAUCCAAGGCUGAAGAAGUGCGUAUGGAGGUGAAUUCUUGGGCAUCAAGUCACACCUAUGAUCUCAUCAAAGACCUUCUUCCUCAUGGAUCAGUAACAAAGCUAACCGACUGUGUUUAUGGUAACGCAUUGUACUUUAAAGGAGCCUGGACAGAUAAAUUCGAAAAGUCAAUGACGAAACGCAAACCUUUUUACCUUCUCAAUGGAACAUCAGUGUCUGUGCCAUUCAUGAGAAGCUCUAGUAAACAAUACAUUGAGGCUUAUGAUGGUUUCAAGGUCCUCAGCCUUCCUUAUCGAGUAGGCUCUGGUGACGGUACCAACCGCUACUUCUCAAUGUAUUUCUAUCUCCCGGACGAGAAGAAAGGUGGAUUGGAUAAUCUUUUGGAGAAAAUGACAUCUACUCAUGGAUUCUUGGAUAGUCACAUUCCCGAAAGACAAGUUAAAGUUGGUAAAUUCAGAAUCCCAAAGUUUAAGAUCGAGUUCGGGUUUGAAGCUUCAAGUGUUUUCAAUGACUUUGAGCUUGAUGUGUCAUUGUACCAAAAAUCAUUGAUUGAAAUCGAUGAAGAAGGCACUGAAGCUACUACUUUUACUCGUGGUGGACUCCGUGGCUGCUGUAUCCUGAAGAAGACGUUGGAUUUUGUAGCCGAUCAUCCAUUUUUUUUCUUGAUUAGAGAAGACCAAACCGGAACUGUUUUGUUCGCUGGUCAAAUCUUCGAUCCUUCCAAGUCUUCUUCUGCUUAG